AUGUUGAACGCAAUAAACGGUGUAGAGGUGACCACAUCGAAAGCGAAUUGUGAGUACAUUCGAAAGAUAAGUCGCGAGCAUACAGCCAGUAUGUCGGUACUAUCAACGCCGUCCACACCUCGCUCGAUACGGCACUAUCAUCGAGGCAAUGGACCGCUCCGAGGUGGUGGUCUCCAAAAGGUGUACACUCAUGCACCGUCUCGUUUGCCUUUCGGUUUCACUAUUCCACAGGAUUAUGCAUUACCUUUCCAAGUGAAUUUUUUGUCAAAAAUCGCUAGCUCAGAUCAAUCGCAAACUCUCACACCAUGA